UCUCCCAUUUUCACGAGGCGAAAUGCUGGGGUUUCUUUCUUCCAUUUCUUCUCAUAAGGACCUUUUCAAGCUUCUGUUGCAUAUUCUCAUUCGAAUGCUAUUGAUAUUUCGGUUUUUUUAUAGGUGGGUUUUUCUACUUUUCCACAUUGGCUUGAAGCUCUGCUGAGAGAGAAGUUCUUUAACGCGUGUCUGAUGCAUGAGACGGCGAGGAAGAACGAAAAGAACAUCUUUUGUUUGGAUUGCUACACCAGCAUCUACCCUCAUUGCUUAUCUCUCCACCGUUCUCAUCGUCUCCUCCAAAUUCGACGAUAUGUUUACCACGAUGUCAUUCAAUUGGACGAUUUGGAGAAAUUGAUUGAUUGCAACUUCGUUCAAUCUUACACGACAAAUAAGGCAAAGGUGGUAUUUUUAAACCAUCGUCCUCAAUCUCGACCUUUUAAAAGCUCAGGCAACAGCUGCUAUACCUGCGAGAGGAGUCUGCAAGACCCAUAUAUUUUCUGCUCUCUUUUCUGCAAGGUCACAACCAUAAAUUAAACCCCACUUCAGGGCAUUUCGUGCAUUUUCCUUAUCUGGGUUUUCUCCUCUACCAUUCCAGGUGCAGCAUCUAGUGAGAGAGGAAGGCGGACUGUCGAAAUACCUCCGCGACUGUGAAUUCCUACCAUUGUCGGAAGGAGCGAAAGCAAAGUGCUCCUUUUGGUUGUGAUGCAGGUUCUACGGUGGUGGUAAGGAGGCGGCGUAUGAUAAGAGUAGGGCCUUUAUCCACUGCUUCAACCGCGGUUUCAACAGGGGG